AUGCUUCUGUUGUACGAUGACAUUGGGACUACGCCGCAGAGGGUCAUCAGUCUACAGUCUCCAGAUCAAACUAUAGAUCCAGACAUGGCCAUACAAACGUACAAACGUACAAGUACAGUCUACAAGACCGCCAGACCAGGUGAAGAGAAACAAGUAAAAUGUAAUUUCAUCCCGGGCAAACAGCCGAAGCCCGGAUUCUCAUAA